GUUUCGGAGUGCUUCGGAGCGGCUCGGGCCGGUUCGGAGCGGUUCGGGGCGGCUCGGAGGCCAUGGAGGCCGUGGAGGCGGCGCGGGAGGCCGCCCUUAGGCUGGGGGAGCUGCUGGCGGGCGGCGCGGAGGAGCCGCGGCCCGCGGACGGAGACGGCCAUCACCCAGACGUGCUGCGGCUCCACAGGUUAAGUGAGAAAAUUAAGCAGCAACUCAUGGAAUGUAAAGUGAUGAUCGAUAGGAGUGAGGAAAGAACUCCUGAUCAAAUCAUAGAAGAGAGAUUAAUCGAAAGCCAAGUUGAAGAGUUGGAAGGGGAAAUCGAAGAGGCGAAGACUUCUUUCAUGAACAAAACUCUGGCAUUAAGAAGGUUGCAACUCGGCAACACCCUCGAAACCAAGCUGGUGAAAAACGACAGCGAUUCUGGAUUGAUCUUGACGACCUUAAAGCACAUAUUAACGCUUAGUGGUGCCAUCCUGAAAGCUCAGCAGGAAACUCGAGAGUUGGACGGAAGACUGCUUGAAGUUAGAAAGAAGAGGCUCGCCCUGAAGCAGACUGGAGAAGGCAAACUCGUAGACAUCCAGACCCUAAAGAGGAAGAAAAAAGAGGAAUUGGAGGGUAUGGAAGCGAGCGACCUGUUAAAGAGGAUCAAGGAGAACGUGCGAAAGGAAAUUCAGAUGACCGUUGUGAUUCAGAACGUCUUCCAGAACAUCAUUAUUGGGACCCAGGUCAACUGGGCUGAAGAUCCGGCCUUAAAGAAUAUUGUUUUACAGCUGGAGAAAAGCCUAGUGUCUUGAGCAAGACGACCAUAUAUCUUUUAUGUAAAUCGUUGUUCUUUCGGAGCUAACUUGAGAGCUUAGUCGUCCGGAUGAAUGUGACGUGAUUCUGUCGGUCCUGCACGUCUUGAGGAUGCGCCUCAUGAUUUUUAGAUGGAUUAAAGUUUCUGCAAGCGCCCUAAUGCAUUUCUGCUCCAGAGAUUCCGAUCUUUAAAACCUGCCCGUUAGGAACCUGCUAGGUAUCGUGAUCUUAUCCCAUUUUAUAAACGAUUUUUUUAAAAGCUCUUUUUUAAUCUGGGAAGAUACGGAUUGCUCAGCGAAUCCGUUCUGUGGUUACAACGACCGUUUCAGAGCGUCCUCCGGGAAAAUGCCUUUCGAUUGUUCCGUGGGGGUCACGCUAAAGAGAUCCGUUGAGAAGAGCGGCACCGUGAUAUGCUCAAAAUGACCUCUGAUUUCAUCGAGAACCUUUAAACCCGAUGUUUAGGGUAUAAAGUUUGUAUUUACAUCGAGUAUUGGAUUAAAUUGUAUGGCUUCCAAUC